AUGGACUCCACGGCAGCAACUGAUGUGGCGAUAAUGGAGACGAGAGAGGCUUCACCCGCUCAUUUGUUGAUCAAAAUCGAAUCUUUUUCCUUGUUUGAGAAGCAUGGUAUCGAAAAAUUCGAGACGAGUGCAUUUGAGGCCGGGGGAUACAAUUGGAAGCUUUCGAUUUACCCAAAUGGAAGGGAAAUAGAUGAAGGAUAUGUGUCGGUGUACUUAGCCAUUGUGGAUUUUGGUGGCUUGCCUGCAGGCUGGGAGAUAGUGGUAUCAGGAAUAAGUCGGCGUUUUCUUGCAAUGAAGAGAGAAUGGGGAUUUCCCAAGUUCAUCUCCAAGAUAGAACUUAAUGAUCCUCACAAUGGUUACCUCAGCCACGACGACAAUUGUGUGUUUGGAGCUGAAGUUUUUGUUAACGAAAACUAUGCAGUCAUUGAGCGUGUGUCUUUGAAGAAUGUUGUUGAUGCUCCCUACAAGCGGGAAUGGAUCAUUCCCAACUUCUCUAAGAGUGUGAUAAUGUAUAGAAAUGGAAUUGGAGAUGCUAUCGGACGCUUCUUAUCUCUCUUCUUAAUCUAUAUUCCUAUGAAUGGUAACAUCGAACGUUUGCACACAUGCUAUACAAUCCGCAUGAUGAAUCAACUUUGCACUGAACAUGAAAGUAAAGUUGCUUCUAAUUGGUUCUCACCUGUUGGAGAGAGUAGCUGGGGAUGGCUUUCAUUUAUUGAGCUUGAUGCGGUGAAUGAUCCUAAUGAAGGCUUUAUCGUGAACGACUGUUGUAUUAUAGAAGUAGAGAUAUCUGUGCAAGCUAUAGCAAGCUCGUACUUAACACGACUAGCAACCGUGGCUGGAUUUGCUCCAUUGCAUUCAAGUUUUCCGUUUAUGGCAUUGAUUGUGGCUCCGAAUCCUUUCCCAGUCUUUAUGUUACUUACAGCAGCCAUAAUGGAAACGAGAGAGGCUUCACCCGCUCAUUUUUUGGUCAAAAUCAAAUCUUUUUCCUUGUUUGAGAAGCACGAAAUCAAGAAAUUCAAGACGAGGGAAUUUGAGGCCGGGGGAUACAAGAAGCUUAAGAUUUACCCAAAUGGAAGGGAUAAAGACGAAGGGUUCGUGUCAGUGUACUUGGCCAUUGUGGAUGAUGGCUUGCCUGCAGGCUGGGAGGUUAAUGCCGUUUUCACGAUCUGCUUGUUUAAUCAGAUUUCAUGCAAUUAUCGCUAUUCUCAGGUGGUAUCAGGAAAAUAUCGGCGUUUUCUUGCAAUGAAGACAAAAUGGGGCUUUCUCAAGUUUAUCUCCAAGACAGAACUUAAUGAUCCUCAUAAUGGAUACCUUAGCCACGACAAUUGUGUGUUUGGUGCUGAAGUAUUUGUGAAAGAAAAUAAAGCAAUGAUUGAUUGUCUGUCUUUGAAGAAUGUUGUUGAUGCUCCCUACAAGCGGGAAUGGAACAUUCCCAACUUCUCUAAAUUGGGGAGUGAUUGGGUUUCACCAGAGUGUGUGAGGAUGUACAGAAAUGGAUAUGGAGAAGCUAGUGGACGCUACUUAUCUAUCUUCUUACACUAUAUUCCUACGAAUGGUAACAACGAACGUUUGCACACAUGCUUUACAAUCCGCAUGAAGAAUCAGCUUAGCAGUAAACUCGAAAGUAAAGUUGCUUCUAAUUGGUUUUCAGCUCCUGGAAACCUUAACUGGGGAUGGGCUUCAUUUAUUGAGCUUGCUGUGGUGAAUGAUCCUAAUAAAGGCUUUGUCGUGAAUGACUGUUGUAUUAUACAAUACUUAACACGACUAGCAACCGUGGCCGGAUUUGCUCCAUUGCAUUCAAGUUUUCCGUUUAUGGCAUUAAUUGUGGCUCCGAAUCCUUUCUCAGUCGUUAUAAGGUCGUGA